CCAGCCGGCUCUGUUCUCAUCUGGAAGAGAGAAGAGAAGAGAAGCUCUCACCUCCUGAUCUCACCAGCCCGUCCAGCAUCAGUAACUCUCCUCUCAGCGGGAACAGGCCCGGCAGCCUGACCGAAUUCUCCCCUCUCUUCAUCCAAGCCAGUCAAAAUCUAACCGGUCCCCCCCCACCAGUCGCCAUGGAGCGCGUGCAGCACAUGACCAAGUCGGCCAUCCGCCGAGCGUCUAUGAUCGAGGUGACCCCGCAGGUCAAGAGGAACCUGCAGGAGCUGUUCGUCAACUUCACCCUCAUCCUCAUCUGUCUGCUCCUCAUCUACAUCAUCGUCCUGCUGAGCAGCUGAGGGACGGAGACACAGAGAGAGAGAGAGAGAGAGAGAGAGAGAGCUUGACAAGGCUCUGGGUUCGGCUGAUGCUGGGGUCAUACUCAUACACACACAUCCGAUUUCUACCAAAAGCAAUAAUAUCCUCCCCCGUUGCAUCAGCCCCACUCUGUCUGACAAGGGCCAUAGAGAUUAUACGCCUCCAUGUGAAAACAACAAGACAAGACAGCCUGGACAAUGUCUCCAGUAAUAUUAUGUGUGUAUGAUACUGAAAUAUCAAUACAGCACUGCACAUGCUGCAUAUACAACAAGACAAGAUGAUGCAUGAACUAUGACUCCCAGGGUGCAUUUCAUUAAAGAAAAAGAUGACAUCACACAGCAGAGGUCACACUGUUAAGAAAACAUAUUAUUAUAUAACUUAUUAUACAACUCGUAGCUUGGUUUUAGAUAACAUCAGUACCUUUGUUGUUAAUUUGCCUCUGAUUCGCACCAACAACAGCCGCCGUGACUCAUGGGUGUCGUGGAAUUCGGAGCCAUCUGCACAGCCGAACAAAAAAACCAUGAAGCCUGACUUUUCAGAAACAAAGUUAAAAGAGUUAGAACUUGUGGCCUUGUCAUGAACCUAUUGAAUCAUCCAGAGGCAGAAUAGUCUGCCGGAAAAAGAUGAUAUCAUUAAAAGAGAAUUCUGAAAAUGGGACACAAAUUAUUAUGAAAUGCAUCCCCUUUAAUUAACGGCUUUAGAGAAGGCAGAGGGGAAGGGAAGUGCAACUUGACCCAUCUGUUGAAUGUACAUUGCGUAAUUUAUAUAAAAAAAAGAUGAUUAAUUUUGAAGUUCUCCAGUAAAAUGAGGAGAAUCUUGAUUAUUUAGAAAUGUCAGCUUAUAUACCACAGGGGAAAUCACAUUUGAGUUAAAGACUGAGUGCACCUUACCUACAUGUAUUUCUGAUGUCAGGCCUGUUUAUCCACGAUGAGAACUUCACUUUGCAUGGUGUGAUAUCACUCAACGUUUCCUAUUUAUACCCUCACAGCUCGGCUUCUGCUAUUGAAACUAUUGCUGAGUGACAGUUUUGGGGUUUAUAACAGCACGAGUGCCCUGAUUGUUGCAGAGAAGAUGUAGAAAGUAAUCUGUGGAAUCAGAUUCCUGAAUGUGAAGUGCUUUACGAAAUUCACAUGGGUCAUUUUGAUCUGUUUAUGUGUGUUUGGAAGAUUGUACCACCGGACUUUUAAAUGACAAACCAUUGAAUAAACUGCAUGAAGACAAAUGAAAA